AUGGGGAAGUUUCACGCCCGACUGUACAAAACCGACCGUGCGCGGGACUUCGAUCAUGAACAGGAUCGAUAUGUCCGCAUGCGCCAAAUCUACGAGACCAUCGACCGGCAGGGCUAUCAGUGGAUUGUCGUGCUGGUCGCUGGUCUCGGUUUCUUCCUUGAUGGUUAUACACUCUUUGCUAGUAACAUGGCCCUCCCCAUGAUUUCCUACGUUUAUUGGAGAGACGAGACCUCCUCGCUACGACUCACCUGCAUCAAUAUUGCAACAUUGGCCGGCACGCUGUUCGGUAUGGUGGUCUUUGGAUUUUUGGCAGAUAAGAAUGGGCGAAAGAAGAUGUACGGUGUCGAGCUGGUUCUCUUGAUUACUGCCACACUGGGUGUCGUCAUGUCAUCUACUGGCGAGAAUGGGAGCAUGAACGUCUAUGCCUGGUUGAUCUGGUGGAGAAUCUGUGUCGGCAUCGGUGUCGGUGCAGAUUAUCCAUUAUCUGCUGUUAUAACAUCCGAGUUUGCUCCAACCAAGCAUCGAGCCCGUAUGAUGGCCAGCGUCUUCUUCAUGCAGCCGCUGGGGCAGAUCGCCGGUAACCUGGUCUCACUCAUUGUGGUCGCGGUGGGCCGCGGUAGGGGCUCCGACGACCUCACCAGCAGUAUUGACACCAUGUGGCGCUGGGUCCUUGGAAUUGGUGUUAUUCCUGGUGCUAUUGCGACUUUGUUCCGGUUCGCUAUUCCCGAGAGUCCGCGCUACCUCGUGGAAAUCGAAGAUGACCCCGUCACUGCCGAGUUCGAUGCGACUACACUCUUCAGUGAGCAGCCUACAAGUCCUGAGUUCGAUCAAGUAAGUUAUGCGGCUGGUGCUGGGAGUGCCAUCCAACUACCUCCAAUGUCGUCGCUCGGGAGUGACUCCAUCCAUGAAGACGAGGAGUACAGCCGCCUGCCUCCAGCAACACUCAACUCGCACUGGCGCCUUGCACGCACUGAUAUCGUCCGGUACUUCUGGACAGAAGGAAACUGGCGCAGUCUGGCUGGUACUUCAAUUGCCUGGCUCCUCCUGGAUUUUGGUUAUUAUGGCAUCGGUCUCUCCAGCCCGCAGUUCCUUGCUAAAACAUGGGGUGAUCUCCACCUCAGCGGUUCGGCGCCCAGCUGGGAGACUGAUGAACGGCCCGGAGUCAGCGUCUACCAACAGCUGUUUAACACUUCUGUCCGCGGCCUUGUCAUUUUGAAUAUUGGCAGCUUUGUCGGCGGACUGCUUCUCAUUCUUUUCGCGCACCGCAUCGACCGUGUCGCUCUCCAAAAGUACAUGUUCCUUGCUCUGGCCGCUCUCUUCAUUGCCCUGGGCAGUAUUUUCAUCACCCUUACUUCUUGUGUACCUGCUGUUAUUGCGAUCUACAUUAUCGGCCAGAUUCUUUUCAAUUUUGGCCCCAACGCAACAACUUACAUGAUCCCCGCCGAAAUCUUCCCUACCCGUUACCGAGCUACCUGCCAUGGCAUUAGUGCUGGUGCCGGCAAACUCGGCUCCAUUCUCGUUCAGCUCGUAUCAACAUACUACCACUUUGGUACCGGUCCAGGUAAUACUUCAACACGCCAUCACGGCAUCAUCCUUUUCGUCUUCAGCGGAUGCAUGAUCCUUGGUGCGGUAGUUACGCACUUUUGGAUCCCGCCCCUGCAGCAAAGGAAGGGGCGGAACUUGAUCUGGGGCGGCAAGCCGUACACCCUGGAAACGCUGGCCCUGGGGCGGAUGGGGCGCAAGAGCCGCGAUAAUGAGAUGCGGAAGAGGGCAUCGCGGCAGCGGGCUAUGUCAUUUAGUGGCUAA